UGAAAAUGCGCGGUGGUAGUGUUGUGGACUCUUUCGACAAUUUGAUAACCGCAAGUAGAAACAGCUACAAUUUUCAAAGAAAAAUGUAUUAAUUUAAGAAAUUUCAAACAAAACGUAAUACGAAAGUUUUUAUAUUGGUUUUGGUUAAAAUGGAAACGUACAUUUUUGCUUCGGUGGUAAGUGAGGAAGAGUGGAGCAGCAUUCCGGAGGAAAUCGGAAAAAAAAUUUCUAAUUUCGUAAAUGAAAAAUUUGAAGAAUUUAUCACCUCUAAAGCCCUUUUAGAAACCAGAAGCUUAAAUUCAGAAAAAACACAUUCAGACUUAAAGGAGCAAAAUGAGGUACUACAGAGUGAAAAAGAAGCGCUCAACGCUAGACUUCAGGCUGCUAGCACUUCCAUAAGUGAAUUGGAGCUGCAAGUUUCCAAUUUAUCCUCUGAACUGAUAAAGCUUCAAAGUCGUAGUAAUAAACUUGAAGCCGAAACGGCCGAAUAUCGUCAUCAACGCAAUUUAGCUAUUGACGAACGCGAAGAACAACUCAGAUUAGUUCAGCGGCGCACUGAAGAGAUUGAACGUAUGCAACUAGACACUAACUCAUUAACUAAACAACUUGAAGAUGCUAUCAAUGCAAAAUGUGAGGCUUUGGCUCAAGUUAACGAGUUGGCUUCAAUGAAAGCAACAGUAGAGUAUAAAGAAAAGCGAUUUGAACAGGAUAGACAACUCUUAGAUAAUCAGAUUGAAAGUUUAAGAGCAGAACUUCAUCAAAGAACUGAUGAACUACUAAACAUGAGACGUGACAAUUCAUCGAGAUGUGUUCAGCUAGAGACAAAGUUAACAGAAAAAAUCCAAGAGUUAGUUGUUGCGCAGGAUCAGAUCAAGACUUUAACAGAACUAAAUGACAGCUUGAAAACCAGAAAUGAGGAGUUGGCACAAAAAAUAUUUAAUGAGAGGGAGAAAACCUCUAAGCUGAGUGAAUCUUACAUGUCAGAAAUUGAAGCCAAUACCAAAAUGGCCAAUGCUUAUAAAACAAUGUAUGAACAAAGUCAACAACAUGCCAAAGGAUUACAAGAUGCCCUUGCCGAGGUGCAAGAUCUGUUGAAGCAAGCCACAGAGGAAUAUGGCAAAUUGGAAACCCAACACAAAGAAACCACCCUAGCCAAUGAGGAAAUAAUUUCCAAAAAAAAUGAUUAUAUUGCGAUGUUAAAAAAAGAAUUGGAAACUGCCAACGAAAUUAUUGAGAGAUCCAAACAGGACUUAAUUGGAAAAGAUAUUGAGGGUCUUUCAUCACCAGCAACUUCAGCAUCCCGAAUCGUCAAAUCAGGGAUGACAUACACGGAACUAUAUUCCCGUUAUGUAAGCUUGUCUGAUCAGGUCACAGUUAAGGAUGAAGAGUGUACCAGACUUAAUAACUACAUCACUUGUAUUGUGCGUGAAAUUGAGGAGAAAGGACCUUACAUAAAAAAACUACGUCAGGAAUACAGUGACGCUUUAGAUUCAAUAGACAUGUUGAAGGCUUCCAAUGAUCAGUUAGAGGUUGAGUUGCAGCAGUUGCGCGAGGCCACGAUGGAAAAUAAACGACAAGAGAAUCAGGUGAUCAGAGAAAAUGAAAGAAUGAAGAAGGAAAUUUCCGAUUUGUCAAGGCAAGUGAUCCACUUACUCCAAGAAGUUGAACAUUCUCGCGUGGGGUCAUCUUCAACUUCAGACAAUGAUUUGAGCGAUAGCGUUAGCUCAGCUGACAUAAUCUCCAAGAGGUUAGUAACCUUCAAUGACAUCGCGGAGCUGCAGGCCACCAACCAGAAAUUGUUGGCACUUGUUAGGGAGCUGAGUGAACGACAGGAGGAGGUAGAAUCCUUUGAUCCUGCUGCCAUUGCUAAUUUGCAGAGGAAGCUUGGUGAAAUGAGGGAAUCUCAGAAUGAACUGCUAGAAGAGAAAGAGCAGCAAACUAAAAUGAUGGCAACUCUGCGAAACCAGAGGGACAUGUACAAGAAUCUAUAUACUCAGGCAAUGAAGGGUGCCACAGAUAUACCUUCGCAUCUGGAAAGAAACUUUUCAUUGCUUGAUAAUGGAGAAGGAAAAAUGCAAACGGAUUCAGAGUCCACUCCAAAUUAUGAUGACAAACUUCAUGAUUUGCAAGCCAAAAUCGACAAAUAUAAAAAGCAGAUUGAUCAAAUAAAGGAAGAAUAUGAAACAUACAGGAAAGAGAAGUCAGAUCAUGAAAAGAUCCUCGUUGAACAGAUUGAUUCCAUGAGAGGAGAAAUCAAAGAAUUGACCAGGACCAAUUGCCAGAUAACAGCACACGCUGAAAUGAAUGAAGAGAAGUUUAGGGUACUUAACAACAAUUCAGAAAUCUACAAGAAGCAGAUCACAGCUCUGGAGAAGCAAAACCGAAUCUACAGCGAGUCACUCAUCAAGCAUGAGCAGGCAGCUUCAUAUUUGAAAGACGAAACCAUUCAAAGUCAGACAAAGUUGUCCAAGGCGGAAGUAAUGCUUAGUCAUCUGCAGAAAGAGAACGCCCUGUUAAAGGAUGCCGAAACGCGGCUAACAAAAGAGGUUGAAAUGCUUAAACGACAUUCCCAUGAACACAGCCUGCUCCACACCAAUUUGGAACUAAUUAAGGCCACUAUUGAACGCACUGAUGCUGAAAGUAAGUUAAAAUUGGAAGCCAAACUAGACCAGGCCCAUUUAGAAUGCUCAGCUAUAAGACGAAGAUUGGAAGAGGAACAGACUCACUUUAGGGAGUUGAGCGAACACCUGGAGAAGAAAGUAAAACAGGCUGAAGAUAGAAUGGAAGAAGAGAAGAAAGAGGCAGAUAGAUUGCGGAAACAGGUAUCUGAAUUAAGAGAGGAAUUAAUCGAUAAAACAUCCCAUGUGGAAGACCUGUCCAAGAAAUUGAAAAGUUCCGUUUUCACUAUUCCGGACAGCAGCUCAGAGUGUCGCAGAAACAGGGAAUUAGAACAGCAACUGAUUGAUGCCGAAGCGGAAAUCAACACCCUCAAGACUAAGUUAAAGACCACUAAAGACGCUUCUGAAGAAUACUUUAACGUCGCUCAGGCUGCAGAGAAACAAUUAAAAGAGGUGCUUGAUCAAGAGAAAACUCUGAAAGACGAAAUUGAUAAGCAACAAACCACCAUCAGGGAGCUGCAGGAGAAAAUCGAAGAAUUGCAGGGAGAGCUUUCUAUUCAAAUGGACGAUCAAGACAUGGCCAAUGCCAAUAUUAAAACCAAAUCUCAUCAGCUCCAAGAGGAAUUGAAUGUUAGAACUAUGGACCUUCGCACUGCAAGAUCAGAGUUAGAAAAUGCUAGGAGCGAAAUCAAGUCCCUGUUGGAGCAGUUGAAAGCUGUAGAAAAUAAGUACGCCAGGGAAGUGACUCUUCAUUCCGUGGAUUUGCAGAGUCUCACUGACUCAAAAGAGGAAUUGAACCAAACACAGAAUCAAAUCAGACAACUUGAAUCAGAUAGGCAGAAGGCGCUGGACGAGUUGAAUGAGAAUCGCCUGAGUUUUGAUGAGCAGCAAAAGAUUUUGACUGAAGAAAGGGAGAAGUUGAAGCAAAGAUUUAAGGAUAUGGAAGAUCAGAAUGGACUGCUCCUCGAUCAAAUUCAAGCUCUUAAUAAUCAACUUACAAUUUUGCAAGCUCAAACGUCUGCCGACGUCCAUAAUGUUUCGGCAGGUGAUGGAUCAUUCAAUAGGUCCUUUGCAGAAGACGAACUAAAAUCUUCUGAUCAGUUGCUAAAAGUUAUUAAAUAUCUGAGACAAGAAAAGGACAUAGCUGUCAGCAAAGCCGAUAUUAUAGAAGCAGAGCAUUUCCGACUUAAAGCCCAGUUUGAGACUGUGAGUAAGCAGCUUGAAGAGGCUCAAACUCAAAUUGAAGUGGAGAGGCAAAAAACUGAAGUGUCAGUUGUGUCUGCUGCCAAACACUCUAAGGUGUUGAGGAAACUCGAAACUCUCAAUGCUAUUACUGACAGUAAUAGGGCACUGAGGCAAGAACGAGACAGCCUUCUUUCCGAAAUUACUGAGCUCAGAGAGCGAACAGAGAAAUUAGAAACUGAGACUGCUCCUUUGCAAGAAAGAAAUCGUGAUCUGAUGACAAAGGCUGAUCAGAUGCAGUCGGAAAAUAUAUCACUGCGUGCCGAAUGUACCAGGUGGAGGCAGAGAGCUAAUCAGUUAAUAGAAAGAACAAAUCGAACUAGCCCAGAAGAUUGGAAGAAACUGCAAACAGAACGGGAAACUUUAGCCAAGCAGCUGACCAUUGAGAGAUCCAAUAAUGUUAAAUUAAAUGAUGAAAACAACACUCUGAAACAAGAUAAGAUUAAGUUGGAGGAACAGCUGAAGGUGCUAAGAGAUAAAAACAACAAUCAAAUGGAAGAAAUUAGCAAAUUGAGAAGUGAAGUAAGCACCUUGCAGAACCAAGUGUCAGAAUUAACCCAACAAGUGGAGAUGCAAACCCAGACCCACAAUGAGUUAACAGAAAAGUACAAAAUUCUCAUGGAAGACAGUGUUAGCAAAGAGAUCACCAUCCAAGAACUAAAAAAUAACCUAGCGCAAGUGAAAAAGAUAGCCAAGAAAUACAAAAAUCAGUAUGAGACCCAGGUUAAGGAUAUCGAGUCACUUAAACAGCAGAAUGAACAAAAAGAAAGCGAGCAAAAUACCAAUGCAGAAAAACAAAAUCAACUGAUGGAGCAGCAGAGAUCUGAGCAUGAAGAGAGAAUAUCACAGCUCGAAACGACUCACAGGGAAGCGGUAGAACAGUUAAAUCAACAGGCGGUGAGUAGUCAAGAGCAAGUUGAUAAUCUCAAAAAGGAAAUUGAAACUCUUAAGCAAACUAACCAAGAGAAAGAUGAAAAGUUCAAGACUUUGUUCAAAAAUGCCAAGGAUAGGAUUGUGAGUUUAACUGAGCAGAAUAAUAACCUUAGAGAGGAAUUAACAAAACAUGACAAGGCCGGAACGAGCACUGAACAGUCUGAAAAUGACAGGUGCCGAAUUAAUGAAUUAUUAGGAAAAAUUGCUUCCCUUGAAAGAGAAAAGGAAGAUAUUAUGGAAACUAUGCAACAAGAUAAGGAAAAACACACAUUAGAAAUUGAAUCCCUAAAUCAGAGAAUUAAUCAGCUGCAAAGACAACUAGGUCAGCAGCAGGGUUCAAAACCUAGCACAAGUUCGGCAUCCUCCGACAAGACUUCUACCGAAAGGCCCACCGCAGACAUUAAGCCAAUGGCAGGACAUUCUACUAAUACUCAAACACAAUCAAUUCCUAUUCAACCCUGGCGAAGUGGGGGGGAGCCUCCGCUAGCCAGCAUUAGACCCAUGUCUCAGCAGCUACGAACUGCAGCAGUGUUACCAACUACUCAGACGCCAAGUGCAGUUAUGGUGCCACCGCAACAACAGACAUCUUUGCAGGUUCAUACCACUGGUUCAGGCUCUGUGGAGGCCCUGUCUAGUAGCCCUACAUCAUCCCAUACCGACUAUGUACCGGCCACUAGCUCUGCCAGUUCUACAAUGCUUGGACCUAGACAGGUAGCAGUUCCUCCUACACAGUCAUCCCAAGAUACUGAAGAUGAUGACAGCAACAUACAGAUCCAAGCUGCUCCUCAACAACAAGCUGUGGCAUUAGUGUCCCCGCGCGUGGAGAAUCCAUCAAGCGGAUGCGGCCUUACUCAAGAGCAGGGAACUAGCUCUAGUAGUUCGAAUACGGUGACGACCACGCAAGCGGGACUGAAAAGGCAAAGGGAUUCGGACACUGACAGUUCGCAAGCGGAAGAACAAUCUAAAAUGCAACAGCAAAACAAGAGAACAAGGAUGCAGCAAGCGGGAACCGUUAGCGACAGCGGACUGGAAGUUGAAUAUCAAGUACCGACGAGCAGUCAGAGGGAUCACGACGACGACAAUGUCAUUGUAGUUGAAAGCGACGAUGAAGGAGGCGCUGAUGAAGGUGAAGGGGCCGACGAUGAUCAAGAUGAUCCAGACGAUACUGAAGGAUAUGACAUGGAGGUCAUGGAACAGGACAAUUAUGAGGAUGCAGAUUGCCAGGAGGUAGAGGACGAAGAGGAAGGCGGCAAUGAGGUGGAAGUGAUUGAAGAUUCAAGUGAAGUGCCAAAUCGGAGUGAAAACCUUCAAGGGGAAAAUAGCGAACAACAGGCCCAAUCGGAAGCCAUAAGCAGCGGAACUGAUGGAAGUUCCGGCAGGGUAACGAUCUCGCAAGCGUCGACUUCCGCCUUUACGACUACCCCGCCCCAUUCUAGAUCCCGUUUGGUCGCUCCCCUGCCUUAUCGGCAAUUGGGCAGCAUUUUAGACGACGCCGGGCUCGAUGACGGCAUCGUACCGUCCACCCCCACCCUUUUUGUUCCACGCCGUUCCGACGGGUUCGGCGAGGCCAUUAGCUCGCCUCAUGUGCCGUCAAGCGCACCAGGACGGUUCACUUUCAACGAAUCUCCGUUGGUGGCCGGCCCGUCGGGCGGCGCCGCUUCCGAAGCGGUGCCCGAACAAACCCUAGAGGUUAACCAACCCGAUGACAACAGCACUGGACGUAGCGUGCCGACGACGCCGUUGCAGUCGUCGCCCCAGGAAUCGAUAACAGGCGGUUCCGAAGAUGCGGAAAGGGCUGGCGCGUCAACACAAUCCGAUGCGGAAACGCCGGGGGCGCUGAUAAAUGCAGACACCGAUGAUGAAAACCGCGGCGAAGGCAGCUCAGAGGAGUGCAUGGGACCGCCGCCUCAGGCGGGACCUUCAUCCGAUAGCGCACAACAGACAGAAAAAGUCGACGAAAAUGAAGCCGAGGACGGAGUUAGUUCAGAGGGUGAAAAGCCCCCUUCGACUGAGGAAGGUGAGGAAGAAGGUCGCGAAGCUGAAGCAUCUCCCAGCACGAAUUCAAAAUCGAGAAUGAGGGGAGCGGGCCCUUCUGCAAGAAGAUCGACGAGAUUAUCAUUGCCUACCAGAGGCCAUAGGUCUGGACCAGUACACCUUGUGUGGGAAAAUCAAAGAGCUUCUCCUAGCCGUCAACAAGAGAGAAACCGGGGCGCACCCCAAUAUUCCAGGUCGGUGGCUAGGCGAACCAGGGGAAGGAUACAGAGACCCUUCAAUGGGCGUUACUGAGGGUAUUAUUUCAAUUUCUUUUAGUCAUUUAUUCAUUCCAUAUCUCAUUU